GUUAUUCUGAGGACCAACUUGCAGGUGAGUAAUUAUUUAUUUAAAUGAGAUUUUCAAAAUUGCUCGAGUGUUGUAAUGCACAGUGGGUCGAGAACAAGAUAGUAAAUGAAAACUGUGAUGCAGUUUUGUGGCGUUCGCGAGUCGAGCGUUGACUGUGACUCAUGUCACGUCAAUCAACGUCUGUGCCGAAAGCGGUGGCUGUUACAAGCGCCCUAGUUUCCUUAUAUGGUUUGUAUUUUAAAGCGAUCCAGGUGUGUCGCCUGGGCCGUCGGCCUCGCUUGCGUGCGCACUAGGUCGCGGUUAGUACGUUGUCAUACUCCCUUGCAACAUGUUCAUGUACGAGCCUCCUACUAAACUGAAGCUCACGUCUGUCGAAGAAUUUCAGGAAGCAUUCCAGCUAUUUGAUUCUCGUGGUGAUGGCAAGAUCCAUGUAGCACAGAUUGGAGAUGCCCUACGAGCUCUUGGCCAGAACCCCACCGAGUCUGAUGUCAAGAAGUGCACCCUGCAUUUGAAGCCAGAUGAGAGAAUAUCUUUUGAAGUGUUUCUUCCUAUCUAUCAGGCUAUCUCAAAGGCCCGCAGUGGCGACACCGCAAACGACUUCAUCGAAGGACUGCGUCAUUUCGACAAAGACGGCAACGGCUUCAUUUCCUCGGCUGAGCUCCGGCACUUGCUCUCCACACUCGGCGAGAAACUUAGCGACGACGAGGUGGAGCAGCUGCUGCAGGGCCAGGAGGACUCGCAGGGCAACAUCAACUACGAGAACUUCGUGCAUCUCAUCAUGCAGGGCUAAGGCCGGCCAUACCGUUAGUAAGUUGUGGCCUCGCCAGGUCUAGGAGGUCAAAGCGACGCAUUUACAGUGGUUGAAAGCACCACUCAUAUAAACUAACGAUUCCGUAUAAUGAUGUAUUCCCAAUCGAUUAUAUUCCAAAAC